UCGAGGAAGCGUGCGCUCGGAUCCGGCGAAGAUGCAGAGUUCGUUGAGGCCCGCGGGCUCCGGGGGUCUUCAGCUACUGGUCUGCUUCCUUCUGCUUUACAGUCGUCCAGGCAGCUGCAGCGACUUAAAUGCCCACGAUGGUCAGGGCCAAGUGGAAUCGGAACAGAUCUGGACGGUCCAAGGACUUAUGGCCUCAGUCUUCCAGUACUUACAGCUUAUAUUCCACCAGAUUGUACCCCAAGGCAUGUUCUGGGCAGAUGACAUAGCCUAUGAGUUAAUGACCAAAAAAGUGGAGCACCUCAGCAGACUCCACCCCCAAUAUCCAUGCCGGAAGGAUGUGAAGUCGCUUCCCCCAACUGCAGCCACCGGGCUGAGGGGCAAGCAAGAGGAGAAACUUCGACUCUUAUCUCCCCAAAAGAGUCCAGCCGUCAAGGUGAACAGGGACAGAUGCUUUACCACCAAAGUAAUCCCAAAGGCCCCCAAACAAGAGGCAGCCCAUCCCACCAAGGGUUUCUUCGGGCCAUUCCCCACUGUGGGCCUCAACCUUGUUGCUGACUGAGAUCUCAUUGCAUAAUAUCCCGCCCCCCCACAACCUCCUCAUGGCCCUCCAAGGGGCAGUUCUGGGGUAACCCAAAUAUGAA